AAAAUAAAGAAACGAAAAUUGCUUCUUACAAUGACACCUUGACACUUAGCAUCAAUGGAGAACUUGAGUUGUUCUCUUACCUAGUUGGUAGAUACUACAGCCGUUACAAAAAAUCAGGGGAUUGUUGCAUUUAACACAUUUUUCUUGCCAAAACCCAAAACCCAAAACUUUGUUGCCCUUUUUCCUCUCAGCACCUAUUUUUCCAGAGAUAAAUAAAAGGGAUGAUGGGGUUUGAGGAAAUGGAACCCGUAUUUGGGCAGCUGAAAGCAGAGUGGUGUUCAGCUCCUCAGCAAACGACACCUUUGGAGCCUUUCCUCUUCCUUGCUGGUCCCCUGCCAAAUAACCCAUCUACCCUCCGCAUCCAUGUCAGUGACUUCCAUUCCAACACCUGGGCAGCGGUUAAAUCUCAUAGCCAACUUGAAGACAUGAGGGACAGCAUUGGAAUAGGUGGAUCCUGGUCUGAGUUUGUAGAAUACGUGGUUGCUUCAAUAAAGUCUGAUGAUGUAAAGCUUGUUAUGGAGGGAGAAUCCAAAUCAGGAGGCGCUGCUUAUGCAAAAUUAAUUGCUCAAAAAGCAAAGGGAAUGCCUCGCAUCUCUGUUUCUCUUGUAAAACUCGUUGAUGUCAAUGCAAGUGAGGCUAUGGCAAAUCUUUCGCUGGAGCUGUACAAGGCAUAUAAGAAUAUGCAUAUUUCACUUAUAAAAGAGGAGACACGCCGUUGUCAGUUGACAAAUAGAAUAGCAGCAGAACAGGCAAAGAGUGAAACUCUUCAGAAACAACUCAACUCGAUGCUAUUCUCAAAAAAGCAAAAGUUGCAGAAGAUGAAUGAUGAUACAACUUCAGAUGGUGUUUUAGUUACGCCAUCACAAGAUUCUCCAGAUAAGCAAGCAGCACAAAUCUCAGCAUCAACAAAAGCCACAACUCGUGUUGUACCAGCUUAUCGCAGGGCAAAAGUACGAGGAGUUUUUCUACAGGACAGUGAUGAUGAUGAUGCAUGAGAUUAUGAAGGAUGAUGGCUUAAUCUAUGUGAUGGCUAGACUUUCAGAAAUUCAGCUCUUCUGUUUAUGAUAGGAUAUACAAGACUAAUUAUCAAACUUGCAGAAACUUAGAUGGGUUAGAUGGUCUUAGGCUGUAGAAAAUAGAUCUUUGCUACUAGCGGAUCAAUAUAGCUCAGUAUAUGUUUUUCUCUCUCCUGGAAAAAAGGGGAUGUAAUAUGCUAUCUAGUUUGAGGCAUACCUACUUCUUCAGUGCUUGCUUGUAGAGAAUCUUUUGAAAGACAUUGAUUUAUGAUUAUUAAAGGAAAGAAUUUACUCAGUUCCAAA